GUGCCAACAUUGCAAUCGUGUGCUCUAGAAAUGAUAAAUGUCGAGCUGAAAUGCAAUAAAGUACUAUUCAUGACCACUGGUCACACUUCUAUCGUUUGUGGAUAUAAUUCGUGAAGAGUCAACUCGAAAUAAUUUUGGUGAUAAUAAUUUGGUUACGCAUGAAGCUUGGGACUACGUUUGCUAUAUAAAUGCCAUCAAACGAACGUUUCUUCUACAUUAUAAAGUUACAUCUUCAGUUAGUAGUUUCACCAUAGCAUUUCCACUCUCAAAACAAGCUUUGAUCGCAAUUUUCAAGUUACAACUGUAUUUUUUUCCCCCAAUUAUCAGUUAAAGGGCACAAUGAAAUCGAUUUUCUUGCUGUUUGUGGCGAUUGUAUUGCAUUGCGAUGCAUCGUCUUACUUAGAAGAAGCGUUCGAAAAAAAUGAAAUUCUUUCCGACCUCAAUAUUGAAGCUCCAGAGUCGUUUUUGAAUGUUGUAUAUCCUGGUGGCGCUGAAUUGAAUUUGGGCAACAAAUUAAAUACAUCAGAUGUACAAGGUCGACCAAAACUUACAUGGGAUAUUGAAAAAGAUAGCUACUAUACAGUGGUUUUUACGCUCCCAGAUACACCUACACGAGCCACCCAGACGCUUCGCGAAUUUCGGAUGUGGCUUAAGAUGAAUAUUCCAGGAAAUGAUGUCCAGAAAGGAGACGAGGUUGAGGAAUACAUUUCUGCAUUACCGGCACAGGAAGGACUGCGUCGCUUUAUCUAUUUCAUUUUCAAACAACCCGACGGAAUUAUUGAAUACGAUGAAAAAUAUCAUUCAAAAGAAGACGUGGUACCCAGACGAUAUACUUCAGCAUCCAAAUUGGCAAAGAAAUACGGCCUGGGUCGUCCAAAGUUUCACCGUAACAUUUGCACUUUCAAAACAAAUUUUGAUUGCAAAUUCCAAGUUCUAACUGUGAUUUUUUCCAAUUAUCAGUUGAAGGACAUAAUGAAAUCGAUUUUCUUGCUGUUUGUGGCGAUUGCACUGAAUUGCGAUGCAUCGUCUUAUUUGGAAGAAGCGUUCGAAAGAAAUGAUAUUCUUUCGGACUCCAAAAUUGUUGCUCCAAAGUAUUAUUUGAAUGUUUUAUAUCCAAGUGGCGCUAAAGUGAAUUUGGGCAACGUAUUGAAAACAUCAGAAGUACAAGGUGUGCCAAAAAUUACAUGGGAUGCGGAAGAUAGUUGCUAUUAUGCACUGGUAUUUUAUAACCCAGAUGCACUGACACGAGCAGAGCCGACGCAUCGUGAAUUUCGGGAUUGGCUUGUGCUGAAUAUUCCAGGAAAUAAUGUCGAGAAAGGGGACGAGGUUGAGGAAUACAUUCCUGCAGUACCGGCAAAGGAAGGACUACGUCGCUAUAUAUAUUUGGUCUUCAAACAAUCCAACGGAACUAUUAAAUAUGAUAAACCAUACCUUCCAAAGGAGGAUAAGGUAUCCAGACAAAAUACUUCAGUAUCUAAAUUGGCUGAGAAAUACGGUUUUGGUGAUCCAGUGGCCGGAAACUUCUAUCUUCUACCAGCUUAAUGAUAUCAAGAGUGAUGCUUCUGGAGAAAACCUCAAAAAAUUAACCUUUAAGAGAUCUCAAUACAAAUAUUCAUUGGCAACUUGCGUUAAAGAAAAACACAACAGACCUAUAGCUGCAUACUUCACGUAGUUAACAACAGCAUCACUUGUGUAGGAUCUUUUAAUGCAUUUCGCUUUUCCGGUCAUUCAUGAUCUUCAAAUUCAUUUUCCAUUUGAAUUUGGUAAAUAAAAUU